AUGGAAACCCUAUAUCACACAGCUUCUCCAGUUAGCUUUGCCAAUGAAGAUGUUGAAAAUAAGAUUCUUAUUCCAGCCAUUAACGAGCAAUGGCUUAUUAGUAUAUUCUGCUUCGUCCUUGGUCCUCAAGCUUAUGAAGGUAUUCUCAAGAACUUGACUUCGACUUCUUAUUUCCUUGCUGGUGCCAUCAAUGCAAAGACUAGAGAGAAAUUCGAUGCUAAUCUCGCUUUUAACCUUGUAACUGAUAUCAGAGAUGUUGCUAGAGCUCAUAUCUUUGCACCUGAAAAGGAAAAGACAAAUGGUAAAAGACUUCCUGUUUCCAACGAUACUUUUAGUUUCGAUACUAUUCUUACUUUUUUUGAAUGA